CCCCCGGCAUUUCUAUUGCGUUUGUAUCCUUGUAUAUAACCGUUUGGCUGCCUUUCUACCUUUGCUUUUAUCUGUUAUGAUUUUUCUUGAAUUCCACAGUCGUAUAAUUGUUGAAACUCUGACCCGAGCUUUUCAAUCAGAAAAACCGGAGGCAAUUUCUUCCACCGUGGCUGAUUUUGAUGGCGUCCUAAUUAACAUUGAGACUUUAAAAGUUAAAACCAACAUUGCCAUCUCUCUUAACUGGACUUGCUAUUCAGAGCUGGAAAAAUGUGGAACCCAAGAGAUCUUGAAGCGAGAAUAUGACGAUAUGUUGACUUCUCCACGCCAAGGCUAUGACGUUACAAUUCUUGUGGAUCUAGAGAAGCAUGCUCCAAAUAAAGAUGAGAUCAUUAAAAAAGCCUCUUUAUUGAAGCGCUGGGUGUUCUCAGCGCCUUUUGAAAAAUUCUUUAACCAUCAAAUUGCAGAGACCACGUGUUCUCCUAUCUUGAUCAACUACCGAUCUGAUUCGAGUUUGUACCUCUCCGUCGAGAAAGACCGCGUGACUUGUGUAUUUACGACGACUUUUAAGGAUGAAGACGACGUGGUGCUUGGCAAACUGGCCCUCCAGCAGUUUGUGGAUAUCCGUAAAGAACGACAUCUGCAACAGUCCCCGCAAGUUUUAUACAGCCACCGCGAACCGCCACGCGAGUUGCAAUCGUUUAACGUUCUUCGUGGGGAUAACGUCAGCUAUAUCACUUUUGUUCUAUUUCCUCGUCACUUUUCGGAUAAGAACAGGUAUGAGACUAUUAACUUACUUCAGUCGUUCCGCAAUUACCUUCACUACCAUAUUAAGUGCAGUAAGGCUCAUCUCCACUCUCGAAUGCGAGCGCGUGCGAUUGACAGCAUUAAGAUACUUAAUAGAGCUCGUCCUGAUACUGAAAAAGAAAAAAAAACUGCCAGUGGAAAAACUUUUGUUCGAGUGGCUUAA